AUAAUAAGUGUAGUGUGUGUGUGUGUACUUUGAGUAUACGUUCGAAUACAUCACACGUUAUCUAAUCUGUGAUAUAUUCUAAUUAAUAGUAUAUACAAUGGGAGGGAUGUAUACUGAUUUAGGGUUAAAGCAGAUGCAGAGCUUCUGUGGCAACAAUGAGUUCAAGAAGGGAAGUUCAUCUUCGUCAUCUUCCUCGUCCACUUCGAGCUACCAACCACUGUCUCCUAGAGAACCUUUUGUGGUUAAACCGCCCGAGAAAAAGCAGAGGCUUCCAUCGGCUUACAAUCGGUUCAUGAGGGAAGAGAUACAACGUAUCAAAGCUGCGAACCCGGAGAUCCCACAUCGUGAAGCUUUCAGCACCGCCGCCAAAAACUGGGCUAAGUACAUUCCGAACUCUCCUACUUCCAUCGCUUCGGCAGGCAAAACCAUCAACGUAAGUAGUUGUCUGAAUAUGUAUGCUUAAAUCAUCAUACGACAUUGAUAUCCAUACAUACA